AUGACACAAACUUCUGGUAAUAUGCAACAUACUUCUGGUAUGUUAAAUGACUCUCACUUACCAGUCUCUUCAAGAAAUAUGCUUUUAAAAAAAUCACCUUCUAUGCAUAAUACUACCACAUUUACAAGUACGCCAUCAGACAUCAUACAUACCACGCUGACAAGGCCAUUUAAAACUUUUCCUCGUGAUCCGCUUGUUAUUGCUGCUAAUUUUGCUGCAACUGACAUGCUACUCGACAAUCCACAUGUUGAACGCUACACCGAAUAUCGAAAACGUGUACUAGAACAAAUACGAAGUAAGAAUGGUGGUUCUCGUACAAUUACAAACCCCAAAAUGCGUCGUACUAACUCGCAUAAUGGUAGUUUUAAUGAAGGAUCAUCCAAUAACAGUGAAAACGAAGAACGUGUCGCUGCUGAAGAGUCAAGUGAUUGUGAUUCGAAUGUUGGUAAUUGCGAAAAAUUAGAAUAUAACAACAAUGAAAAUUUAAAUUCAGCAUGUCAGGUUAAAGAUGCAGCAUACUUUGAAAGGAGGCGAAAAAAUAAUGCUGCAGCGAAAAAAUCUAGAGAUCGUCGUCGUAUUAAAGAAGAUGAGAUCGCUAUACGUGCUGCUUAUUUGGAACGUCAAAAUAUUGAACUAUUAUGUCAAAUUGAUGCACUUAAAACACAACUGGCGUGUUUUACAUCAAACGUUGGCUCCUGACUUCCAUUAAAGUAGCCUACACCACAAAAACUCAAAAAAUGUGUUAAACGCAUU